AUGGGGCUGCGUUAUUCGAUAUACAUUGAAAACCCGCUAUCCUCCCCAUCAUCCUCAUACAAAUCAAUAAGCGACCCGUUAUUCCAUUCACAGCAUCGAGCACAAAGAAACACAUGCUUCAUCACUUACGGUUGUAGACAUUGUAAGACGCAUCUUUCUAGCUCCUUCCAAAUCAUUUCCAGAGAUUAUAGAGGCAGGACUGGCACUGCCUACUUAAUGAACAAAGUUGUCAACGUUGUUGAAGGAAAGGUCGAACAACGAAGAAUGCUAACUGGCGACUAUUUGGUUUGCGAUAUCCUCUGCCAUUGGUGUAAAAGGAACGUCGGGUGGAAGUACUUGCAAAGUAGCAACGACGAUCAACAAUAUAAAGAAGGUAAGUUCAUUUUAGAGUUGAAGAACAUCUGCAAAUGUACUUGA